AUGCUAGUACGACAUGUGCCUUGGAUUGGUUGUGGUAGCAUAGGAGCUUGGAACAGUCUUGUUACGGUGGUAUUUAUACCACCACAAAAGCUGUUCGUGCUGGCUAACCAAGUUCAAGCCAAGAUGGCUACAAGUCGGAAGCUUCAAGGAGAGAUAGAAAGAUGCUUGAAGAAAGUAUCUGAGGGUGUGGAGAUCUUUGAAGACACCUGGCAGAAGGUCCAUAAUGCUGCUAAUGCCAAUCAAAAGGAAAAGUAUGAAGCUGAUCUCAAGAAGGAAAUCAAGAAGCUUCAACGACUCCGGGAUCAGAUCAAGUCAUGGAUUGCCUCAGGGGAAAUCAAGGACAAGAGCAUCCUUCUUGACAAUCGCAAGCUCAUAGAAACACAAAUGGAAAGGUUCAAGGUGGUGGAGAGGGAAACAAAAACCAAAGCAUAUUCAAAGGAAGGACUUGGUGCAGCUCAAAAGCUGGAUCCUGCUCAAAAGGAGAGAGAUGAGACCAAUCAGUGGUUGGCUAGCUCUAUUGAUGCCUUGAAUGUUCAGGUUGAUCAGUUUGAGUCAGAAAUAGAGUCAGUCAUUGUUGGUGUGAAGAAGAAAAAACUGGACAAGGAUAAGCAAGAUCGUAUUGAUAAUCUGAGGCUGUGGCUGGAGAAACACCGUUUCCACAUAAAGAAGUUGGAAAUGCUCAUGAGGAUGCUGGACAACAUGUCCAUUGAUGUGUACCAGAUAAAGAAGAUAAAGGAUGAUGUGGAGUAUUACAUAGAUUGCUCACAGGAGCCAGAGUUCAAGGAGAAUGAGUUCUUAUAUGAUGAUAUUGACUUUGAAGACCUCAAUCACACUGCAUUUGAGGUGAGUGUGAGUGGGGGUGGGGAUGCAGAUGUGACAUCAACACCUACUUCCACUACAGCAUCCACUACAUCAUCCUCCCCAGUCUCAUCUCCAUUCUCACAAGAGAAUCGAUCCUCAGGAGGAGGGAAUAGCAAUAGUGGAGUGGCUAUGGUGGCUCCUCAACCUCUCCCCCCUCCUAUUUCAAUGACUGACACGAGCCAAGUCUUGUUCUUAGAAGAGAAGAGGCGACAUCAUUCCAUGGAGGAGGUGAUGCAGUGUGAUCAGAUGGGAGGUCUGGAAGCAAGUGGAACUAAUGCAGGUCAUGAAGAGGCAGUAGAAGCAACUAUAGCAUCAGCCACCAUCACUCCUACCAUUACCAGCAGCAGCAUCAUCAUCCCUACUGCCAUCAAACCAACUCCUCAGCGGGCCAGCUCUGUGGGGCGCCUGGACAUGAAUUCUCCCCCACCUGCUGUUGUCUCAGCUUCAAGCUCAUCUCCUGUCUCACUUUCCUCCUUCAAUCCUAUUACUCUCCCAUCAUCAUCAUCGCCGCCCCUUAAGCCUAGUGUCACACCAGUUCCAACAAGUGGAGGAAUAUCAAUAUCAGGGAGUCCAGGGGCAGUGGCAAAGGAGCUGCUGGGAUCCCAGCCCCAGCCCCAGCCCGAGCCCCAACCCCAACCCCAACCCCAACCCCAGCCCCAACCCCAACCCCAGCCCCAGCCCCAGCCCCAGCCCCAGCCCCAGCCCCAGCCCCAGCCCCAGCUACCCCAACCCCAACCCCAGCCCCAGCCCCAACCCCAGCCCCAGCCCCAGCCCCAGCCCCAGCCCCAGCCCCAGCCCCAGCCCCAGCCCCAGCCCCAGCCCCAGCCCCAGCCCCAGCCCCAACCCCAGCUCCAGCCCCAGCCCCAGCCCCAGCCCCAGCCCCAGCCUCCACCCCUGUCCCCGUCCCAGGCUCUGUCCCAGUCCCAGUCCCAGUCCCUAACCCAAUCCCAAUCCCAAUCCCAGUCCCUGUCUCAGUCCCUGUCCCAGUCCCAGUCCCAGUCCCAGUCCCAGUCCCAGUCUCAGUCUCAGUCUUCAUCUCAGUCAGUGUCUCCAGGGAAUGCCAUGUUCAGGCCAUCGCCUGUCAAUUCUCCUCCAAUCAUCCCUACCACUGAUACCCAUACUGCACAAGGAGUGCUAGUUGCUGCAAAAGACAGAGACCAAAGUGAAGUGUUGCCUCCAGCCCCAGUUGCUUUUCAAUCCUAUCCUCCACCCCAGGCUCAACUGAGUUCUAGCCCUCUCUUGCACAAUGGCCCUCUUCUCACCAAGGGCAUUGAAGGAAGUGCAGUGUCUUCCUUGACUGCUAUUGCACAGAGGGCCAUUGACACUGCUGGGAUCUCUGCACCACUCAUUUCCCCACAAAAUUCCUUGGAGGGGAUUGUUGGUGGCUUAGGAGGGCAUCGAGAGGUUUUUCUGCCUCCAUUGUUAGCAGUUGCACCAUUUGGGGUUCAUCCAUUGAGUAAGGAGCAUUCUCGGCAGUUGAACUGCAUGGAGGCAGCCUUCAGACACUUACCAUGUCCAUCGGAUACCGAACGGUAUCGUCUCAUCCCCAGGAACCCCUUGAGGACGCCCACUUACUACCCACAGGUGGUGGGAGGAGCUUGCGAUUCGAUGGAGUUCUUCCAACGCCUGUCAACAGAGACACUAUUCUUCAUCUUCUACUACAUGGAAGGGACCAAAGCACAGUACUUGGCAGCAAAGGCAUUGAAAAAGCAGAGUUGGCGAUUCCACACAAAGCAUCUCAUGUGGUUCCAGAGACAUGAGCAGCCAAAACUUGUCACAGACGAGUAUGAGCAGGGAACAUACAUCUACUUUGAUUAUGAGAAGUGGAGUCAGAGGAAGAAGGACAACUUCAUCUUUGAGUACAAGUACUUGGAGGAUCGAGACCUCAUCUGAGAAAUCCUUUGGUUUUCUUUUCUUUCUCUCUUUCUGUUUCAUCUCUGGCUUCCUCUCCCCCUCCUUCAUCCAGAUGAGUGAUAUUGUACAAAGGA